AUGAAUAUACAAGAGACUAUAGCUAAAUAUCCAUACUGUGCAGUGAACCUUUCAGCGUCAUUGUUAUUGGGAGUGGCUCAUUUUUUGCGCAAGGACUACCAUUUGGGCCUUUUGGCAUCUUGGAACUUGUUAAUAUUAUUAUGUACGCCAAUACAGUCAUUGAAUUUAAAGAAUUCACUAGUGUGUGAUUCACAAAUUGCGUUGAUAUUUUUAACUUCAAUAGUAAUUUCCUACACUGUCUUGAAAGAAGAAAAUCGAAAAUCAUUGUUUAGCAGAUACACGUAUGUGCUGUCAUUUAUAAUCAUCUUGAUUUCUGUUGUGACCUUUAUUCCAGAUCGCAUGUUGUUGAGUUCAUUGUCAACUAUUUAUGAUAGAAUAAAGUUUGAUCAUAUCUACAUAGCAUUGACCUUGAUUUACGCUGUGGAUGCCAUCACGAAGUUUACUUUUACAUCAGAUUUUUCAUCAAUAUUGAUCCAGGGAAUAUGGGCAUAUAAUGCAAUUAUUAUUAUAAUUUCUAUGUGGUUUAUCAUUUACAGCAAAGACACUUUAUUUAGUAUUUUGAAAAUAUUAGAAAAGGAAGAUGGUCAGAAUAUUUCAUUUGUGACUUCUUUUAUCAUAUCAAGUAUUAGCCAGUUGGAAAAUGACUAUCAAUUGUGUUCACAAGGGGAGACAGCAUUGGAGACAUGCUUAAAUGAAAGACAUACGGAUAAUUUACAAUCUUAUUUCUUAAUUGUUAAAAUUAUGGUCACAAAUUGUUGGAGUAUUCUAAAUUUGGUUUCGUUUGUAUUGAUUCCAAGUUUGGUUUCAUUUAUUUAUAAGAGAAGGCAACUAUUAAGUGACCUUAAACAGUAUGAUGCAAAAGUGGAUUCUGUAGUAUAA